GGGAAAUCGAACACUUUUCUCACACGACUCAGACUUUGGCGGCCCACUUCCAACGCCAUUCCAGCAAGGCCCAUCGCGAGCAGAUCACAUUGAUGAGUCCAAAUACCAAGACUCCAGUAUAAAAUCCCACUAAUGCUUGGGGCGACGUGGCCUGCAACAUUUCACCACCCACGGGGACUGUCAGCAAGGUCCCAAAUGCCCCAACACUGUAUACUGUUCCAUAGAAACGACCAUACUCUUUCGUCCGACACAGCUGGCCCGCACAUACCGGAGCCAACGAUAUCCAGCCGCCCGACCCGAAUCCAAACACCGCAACGACAGCAUACAAGGUGGCAUGCAUGACUGGCUAACGCACGUGCAGUAUCACCCUCAAGAAUGGGGACAUAGAUGGGUGGGCUCGGAGACAAGAUGCGGAGCGGUAGUGAGUGAGAAGGGUCUGCUGCAACUGUGCUUUUGUCGAUUGAGAUACGGGGAGAGCAGAUAUUGCGCUAGACCUGACGACAACACUUAUCGCACGACCCCGUCAUACGAUCUGUCCGCCGACCUCGAAAUGCUCAUACAGCAGCUUCGGCCGCUACGGCGAUUCUGGUGCCUCCAUGCUGAGCAAUUUGGAGCUUGUAAAAGGGUUGAGCUCAAACGCUGCAACCCGAUUCACACUGGCAAGCGCAGAGCCCAUCAUAUCCGAAGCAGAUGGUGGCAUACCCGGGGUCGAAAAGCCCUGACUGCGGCCGUUUCCAAUGCUAACCCCUCCGCUCCUGUGCAUCCAAAUCACCCUGUUCUGCUUGCUUGGGCCGUUCGUCUCCGGGCUCUGUUUCGCGCCUCUCAGGGCUUUCAAGUGAGCAUCUCUCAUUGCGAUGAGGUCGAGGGUGUGACAGGAAAGAAGACAGCGUACGAGUGUAUCCGCAUUCGCAAGAAGCAAGACAACAGCCGAGUGGCUGCCGUAAUGACAGCGAUUUCGAUGCCCACGUCACACUCUCUGGGAGCCAAAAAGCCCUCCAACACCUUAGUCCAGGACCAGAUAUGGUGCAACGAGGCCGAGGCAUUGUGUCAGUCCGGCCGGCCGGCUUACCUCGCCACAAUUGAUUCCCCUUCGGGCGCAUUGUCUUUUUACCAAAUCCCGAACCUGUUGGGACCCUUCCUCCCCGUACGAUCAAGGUUUCUAACAAUUUGCGGUACCAGAAGCGCCUCUGAGCGGCUUCAUGCACGCCUCUACCUUAACGAGCUCCUUGCUGACUGCACGAGGCCCCGUGUCCGAUUCGCUGAGCAAGAGGAUGAGAGACUUGAUAAACGGAGAAGCUAUACCACCAAAUUCAAAGGGUUUUCUGUAGGUCUCUGGUGACACUUUCGUCGGAAUGCAGUGCUAUCGGUGCAUAGAGUAUAGCAAAGGGUGGUGAGGCCUUUAUGUCAUUUUUUGGUACUGGUUGUACUUUUUGUAACAUCGGUCAACAUGGUAUUGUAUGAAUUCCUAGGAAAAUUGUAGCAAAACCAAGGAGGAUGCUCGGGGUGCACAAUUCAACGAUCUCCCAUCUCGUGCUCCACACUCGAACCCUCUUCGCCCGCCUCACUCACG